ACUCUGCACGCAGAAGAAACGCAGCCGAGGUCUGCGCAGCACCUACACAGGGUGAGGACAGUAUGAGGACGCUGGCUCUUCACUUGGUUUUCAUUGGUUUGUACCUGCAGGUAUCCACAUGCUACCAGUCAUGCACUUUGUACGGCCUCCUAGCUGCUUGCCAUGCAGAGCACCUGUACUGGGUUCCUGCUCUGCCGCCUAACAUCACCCACCUCUACCUGGAAUUGAACUACAUCAGUGAGAUCAACAGCACCGCACUCAGAGCCUACGAUCAGCUGCUACAAUUAGACCUCGGACAGCAGAAAGUGCCGCUCAUCAUAAGGAACAACGCUUUCCUCAGGCAGAGAAAACUCAUGAAGUUGGUUCUAGGAAACAAUAUUGGCCUUCAGCUGGAGCCAAGGGCAUUCGCAGGACUGUUCAAUUUACAACACCUCUUUUUGGAUCAUUGCAAUUUGAAAGAGUCCAUACUGGCAGAAAACUAUCUGCAGCCACUUUUCUCCUUAGAAACGCUCGAUCUCAUGGGGAACAAAAUAGUGAGACUCCGACCUGGACAGUUCUUUUCAAGACUCACAAAGUUCACACAACUGAACCUCAAACUGAAUCAGAUUGGAAGAUUAUGUGAAGAGGAUCUUGUGGGUUUCCAGGGGAAAAACUUCAAGCUCCUGAACCUGAACUCCAACUAUUUACACAGCACGUACACUGGAGAUUUUGACUGGGAAAGGUGUGGCAACCCUUUCAGAAGGAUGACCUUCAAUAUCCUUGACUUGUCCACCACUGGGUUCAACGUGGACACAUUAAGUCGAUUUUUUAAAGCAAUAGAGGGGACUCCAAUCGCUCAUCUUAUAUUCUCUGGAUCUGUGGGCAAAGGCUUUUCACAUGACAACUUCCCUGAUCCGGAUGAAAGCACAUUCAAAGGUCUCAUGAACAGCACAGUUGAAAUUUUAGAUCUGUCUAAAAAUUGGAUAUUUGCUUUGCAGAGGGCUGUUUUUAGUCCUCUAAAGGAUGUAAUAAUUAUUGACGUUUCCAAAAACAAAAUCAACCAGAUAAAGAGAAAUGCCUUCGAUGGUCUUCAAGGACAUUUACGAAUGCUCAACCUGUCAUCCAACCUCCUUGGAGAAAUAUAUUCUCACACAUUCCUCAAUCUGACAGACCUCAGGGUGCUCGAUUUGUCUCACAACCACAUCGGUGCUUUGGGAUACAAAGCAUUCAGUGGUCUCCCCAAAUUACGUGCAUUAUAUCUGACAGGAAACUCACUGCGACAUCUGGGUUUUCCUGAGUCAUUACCAAACUUGGAUUUUCUUCUUUUGGCCGACAAUAAGCUGAAUUCACUUAGCAGUAUCAUUGACUUGGGUAUGACCAGUAUCCAUGUGGACGUUGCAGAUAACAGAUUAACAAACUUGAAGGACGUUUAUGACAUUUUGUCUCAUUUCAGUCGUCUCCAGAAUUUCUUCUAUGGUGGCAACUUCAUCAAGUGGUGCACACCAGGUCCAAAUAUUUCAAGACUUCAUAAUAAUAGCUUGCAAGUGUUGGAUCUUCACGACAGUUCCCUGCAGAUCAUCUGGACGCAGGGGCUGUGCCUUGACCUGUUCGAUCAUCUUGAGGGUCUGCUCGGCCUAAAUUUAAGCUUCAACUCACUCUCCACCCUCCCACAAGGAAUUUUCAGCGGUCUAAGCUCAAUCGUAGAGAUUGACCUCUCGUUUAAUGCCUUAACCUAUCUGCAGCCGGAUAUCUUUCCAGUCAGCCUGAAAAACCUCAACCUCGCGAACAACUUCCUAGCCUCCCCAGACCCGACAACUUUUCAGUCCCUCAGCUUCCUCAGCCUCGCAGUAAAUCGUUUCCACUGCAACUGCCAUCUGGAGAGCUUCCUGAUUUGGCUUAACGUGACAAAUAUAACCUUUCUGAGCCCAGUUGAGGAGUACAGAUGUGAGUUUCCAGCUGCCCUCCGUUCUGUCCCUCUGCUGCAGUACUCCACCAGCAUGGAACCGUGUGAGGAAGAUGACGAAAAGGCCGUCCAGGGUCUUAAGUUUGCUCUCUUCAUCUUCUCUGCACUCCUCAUCAUCACGGUCAGCCUCAGCGGGAUUGUUUACGCCCGUCUCCGAGGACGCAUAUUCAUCAUCUACAAAAAGAUGAUCAGCAGGGUUCUCGAGGGUCCCAAAGCGGCCCCUCCUGUGGACACGGCGCAGUACGAUGCCUUCUUCUGCUUCAGCAACAAUGACUAUGGGUGGGUGGAGGCCGCUUUGCUGAAGAAGCUUGAUAACCAGUUUUCAGAGGAGAACAUCUUCCGCUGUUGUUUUGAGGCCAGAGACUUCCUGCCAGGUGAAGAUCAUCUUUCCAACAUCAGAGACGCCAUCUGGGGCAGCAGGAAGACAGUGUGCAUCGUGUCCAAGGAGUUCCUCAAAGAUGGUUGGUGCUUGGAGGCGUUCACAUUGGCCCAGGGCCGGAUGCUGGAGGAGCUGACAAACGUCCUGAUCAUGCUGGUGGUAGGGAAGGUGGCUCACUACCAGCUGAUGAAGUACAACGCAGUCAGAGCUUUCGUCCAGAGGAGGGAGUACCUGGUCUGGCCAGAGGACCCUCAGGACCUGGCGUGGUUUUAUGAGCAGCUUGUCUCACGGAUAAUCAAAGACACAAAGGUGAAAAAUGUCGCAGGGGAUGUUGCAGGGGACAAAGCUGAGCCUACACAGUCUGAUAUUCAGCCUCAGGAUGGAGACAAUAUCAAGCUACAGGACAUCAGAGCUCUGACUGUAUGCUAAAGAAAACCAGCGUUAACCCAGAUAACCUACCCUGCUGAGGUGUCACCAGUUAGUCAGUAUUCAAGUUCCUUAGCAAGACGAGAAGAAGUUCUCCCUUUGCUGGUCUUUUCAUCAAAAUAGGAAAUGACAACAUCCUUCAAGCUGAGUUGUACAGAACCAGAUGUAGACGUCUACCAGACCCUGCAGAAUCUGCUCUGUUGAGUAUCCUUCAGUGUGUUUGGGUGAUUUGUGGCAGGGGUAAAAUACAUUUAUAUUUCCUUUUUAAAAAGUUUUUUUUGUUGUUGUUGUUCUCAGCCCUUACAGCACUCAGUUACCCAAUGAGAUGUACAAACGAUUGUUAUGUUAAUGGAUGGAUGAAGUAAAACCCCUGCACAGCUUUACAAUCUAGAAGAGGAAAGUUUUUCAUCAGAGCAGGUGUUACGUAACUGCAGCUCCAGGCAGACCUCAACAGCGGCGUGUUGAUUGAAAUGUGUGUUGAAAUGGCCAGUUUAAGUAGUCAAUAUGUGAAGAGCUGCUGUCAAUCUUAUGACCCCUAUACUGCAUGAGGGCAUUUGUUUGCAGAAUUGUUCCAGUAUUUGAGGUUGUAUGUAAAAUCUCAAAAAGACAAACUUCUACCUGAAAUUGUUUUUAGUUGUCUGAUGAACACCCAAAGGUUUUAUAUAUAUGAUGAUAUGAACAGAAAAGCAGCAAAUCCCUGUCAGGUUUUGUCAGUGACCUGCUUGAUGGGUUUGGAUGGAUCAUGGAUUUUCAUGUUCUGCAAAAAUGAA